AUGGCCAAGAACAUCUUUACCAUCUCCCCUAUUUCCUAUGGUGAUCCCUGCCAUGAUCUGUAUUUCCACGUGAAAUCACCAGACAACGUCAUAAGAAUGUGUCUCCCACCACCAGAGCCCACUGAUGAACAGGUGGAGCAGCACAACAAGGCCACCAUAAACUACCUGAAGCAACUGCUGCCGGUGGCCUGGUCCCACAAUUCCCUAACCACCCUCAAGCUCAUCUUCAAUCUCAACUCCUUCGAUGGUCCUGGAGAAAAAGAUUUUCCGGCAGCCUUCUACGCGGCCGCAUCCUGGCUCCACCACAACCACCCCAAGACGCUAUUAUGCAACAUCCCCUCCUUUGCCAGCUCCGGCUCCUUCUACCUCUCGAUAGCUCGUUUGUGGGACCUUGUCGAGAUUCUCUACGGCCUUCUUCUAGAACAAGGCCAAGAAUCUGCGGCGCAGACGCUCUACCGUGACACGCACUAUAAGUUGUUGCACGACCGGGUUAUGGAGUUCUUGGCGGAGCAGUUAAAGUCUGAUAUUGACAAAUUGAAGCAGCACAGACUGAAGAUGGAAUUGGAAUCUGAAGAUAAUGAUAAACUGCUUCUCGUUAGCCAGGCUGCAAAAUGUUGCACUCCCAGCAGCCCUGAACAAGUCCAGGCCACCCGCGCUGUUUUGUUGUCUGAAAGCCUUGGGAGGAUUCUUUUCCCGCAAGAAUCAGAUCAAUCAGAAGAAUGGGAACGGCUUAGGAAGGAGUUUUUGGAGCCCUUGACCGAAUAUGUAAAAGAUAAGGAUGUUGGGGAAGCAGCUGAGAUUCAGUGGAAGGCAAUGAUGGAGAACAUGUACCAGGGGGAGAACAAAUUUAAGGACUGCUUGGCAGUGUGUAACAUCACCUACGAAAUGACUGCAUCAUCAAUCACAGAAUUGGCGGCAAGUUUGGGAAUUUUGGUGUCUGAAUUGAGUGAAGAGCCGGCAUGGAAAGGAAAGGUGAUCACUCUGGGUCCAUUGCCUGAUAAGCUGCCGCUGCUGCAUUCGAUACAAGGCAGUGAUCUCAAGUCCAGGUACGACUUUGUGAUCAGCACAUGCAGCAACAGGUACAACGAGGGUGUUGAUUUUGAUCAGGUGUGUGAUUUGAUUCUGGAAGUGGCUGUGAAUAAUAACUUGAAGGCGGAGCAGAUGAUCAAGAAGGUGUUUGUGGUCACCGACUCCGUAAGAUUUGGUGGCAGCACAUCCUGGAAGACUCUGUAUGAGGCAAAACGCAGCAAUUUUAAGGAGCAGGGUUACGGGGAUGAUGCGAUGCCACACAUUUUGUUUUGGAAUAUUUGGGACUUUGGGGGGUUUAUGCCUCGUGUAGAAGAACCUCAUCCAGGAGUGACCCUCUUGAGGGGAAACUCGAAGACAUUGAUCAAGUCCUUCUUGGAUAAUGGUGGGGAAAUUGACCGGCAUCAGCUCCUGGAAGCAGCCAUUGCCGACAAAGAGUAUCAAACUCUCUCUGUGGUCGACUGA